AUGGCAGAUGCCCUGGAUCCAGCAGGCGGCUCGGUGCCGCUGCUUGAUGAGGAGCGAAUCGAGUACAUCGAAGCUUCUCGCCAAGAAAUGGCGCUCAACUGCACCUUGACCGGCUUCCUCUUUGCCCUGCUCAUCGUCUUUGUCCUCUUCAGCACCACCAUCACCCGCAAGACUUUUCUCUUUUGGUGGCUCGUCGGAUGCGCCAUUGCGACCAUCAUCCAGGGCAUCCUGAUGGCUAUUGUGAGCAGUGCUGAAGGCAUUGUUCGCCAUCAACGACCUCCAAAGUGUGUUGCAGUGGCUAAUGUGAGAUAUUCCGACUUUGUUUCGUAGGAAGCAAAUGUUCUUUUCCUUGCCACUCAGUCGCAGGAGUCCUUGUCCCUCCAAAUGUGAGUGUGGGCCUCGCCGACAUUUCUCAGUGUGCUUGCUCUGAGAGCGAAACAUGGUCGGCUUCGAAUCGUCUACAGCUCGACCAUGAUCCUCACCGAUUGGCUACCGCUGUUCAUCGACGCGAGUCUCAUCGUGAGUCUUUGGCCUUUCAAACCCGGAAUCACGUCAUACGCGAUCAAAUUUGACGAUCCGAUCUCAUCGCUCCAGUUCAAAUUGCUUGCCUUCUACCCACGGUCGAGCGCCAGCAACAACAAGCGACUUGCCGUGGUGGCCUUUCCUGUCCUUGUCAAGAUCCCACGUCUCAUCUGCUUGAUGUACGUCGUCAUCACGUACUUUGCAAAACCCUCCAUCUUCAAGUCUUAUCUGUGAGUAGUCGGCAAAGGUGAAAAGUUCGCGUCAGAAUCUGACUCUUGAAGACACCUCCAUGCACUGCAGACUAGUCGUAGAGUGGAGUCUACAGCUCGCAGACAUCACCUACUGCUGCGCUUUCCUGAUAUGGAAGCUGUCCAACCUUCGAGCUGCCUUCCACCGUCAGCAUCCAAAUUCGACAAACACAGCCGGUCUUCGCAACACGUCUCGCGUCAGAUCUCAGUUGCAGUUCCUGAUCGAGUCAAUCUGCUGCGCAUUCAUGCUGCCAUGCCUCACAUGCGCUCUUCAGAUUGGUCUGUACUACACGCAUCCAGAAAGUUUCGGGCCCAUCGUCAAUUGUCACGUCUACCUCUCGUGCAUCGGUGCGCUGCUCGCCACCGUCUGGUCCUCGAUUCGCGAUCAGACGAGUCGUCGUACGCUCUUUCUCAACGGAUCGAGCAACGCCUCUUCGGAAAAGGGCAGCGGUGGAGGAGAUCCUCUGCGUUCGCCAGGUUACAGACGUCAAGCAGAAUCGCCAAGUAGAAGCGAGACGACUAGAACGUUGUUGGAUCAAAUCUUUUCCGAUCCCAUGCACGACAUUGAGACGCAGCAGACUGAACCCAUGGAAAUGCUCAUGACCAACCCGUCCGUCAAUGAAGAGGCCGCCAGCUCCACCAUGAAGCUAAGAAACGUCAGAAGGAACAGCGCUACGCCCAAUGGCGCCCCCACUCAGCUCCGCAAGGUCGAACCUUACGAAUCAUCAAAGACGCUCGCGCGAACCUCGAGAUCCAACUCGGUCGAGCGCAGCUCUAACGAGUAG